GAAAAAAUGAAUUCGUCGAAGCGCGUUCUUAAAGCCGGUAUACUAGGUGCAACGGGCACAGUAGGACAACGAUUUAUUCUUCUACUUUCGGCUCAUCCUCAUUUCACCAUUCAUAGCGUUGGCGCCUCUUCACGUUCGGCUGGUAAAAAAUACUGUCAAGCUACAAAAUGGAGAAUGACCAGUCCAAUGGCCGCUGAUGUUAAAGAUAUGAUUAUUAAAGAAUGUAUUCCGGAAUUAUUUAAAGAUUGCGAUGUAAUAUUUUCAGGGUUAGAUUCUGAUGUUGCUGGUGAUAUUGAAAUGUCAUUCCUAAAAUCUGAUCUGGUGGUUUUUUCCAAUGCAAAAAAUCAUCGCCGAGGUUCAUUAGUCCCUCUGAUAGUUCCAACUGUAAAUCCAUCACACUUUAACUUAAUUCCUCAUCAACGUUCAUGCCACUCCCUUAAGAAAGGUUUCCUCGUAACAAAUGCAAAUUGCUCAACAACUGGUCUUGUUGUUGCAUUAAAACCUCUACAGGACUCAUUUGGUCCUAUAGAAUCUGUAAUUGUUCACACAAUGCAAGCAGUUUCAGGAGCUGGAUAUCCUGGUGUCGCAUCACUUGACAUUUUCGAUAAUGUUGUUCCUUACAUUUCGGGUGAAGAAGAAAAGAUGGAAUAUGAAACUCUUAAAAUUUUAGGUGACUUAAAUCAAGAAGCUACAGAAUUUCAAUUACUAUCUUCAAUGUCUGUAUCUGCUUCUUGUAAUCGUGUACCUGUAAUUGAUGGACAUACAGAAUGUGUUUCUAUUAGAUUUAAAAAUCAACCUCCACCUUCACCUGAACAAAUUAUACAAGCAUUUGAUUCUUAUAUAUCAGAGGCACAACAAAUUGGAUGUUAUUCUGCGCCUAAAAAAACGAUUUUAGUACAAAGUGAACAAGAUAGACCACAACCAAGAUUUGAUAGAGAUAAUGGUAAUGGGUAUAGUGUUACUGUUGGUAGGAUUAGGAAAUGUAAUGUAUUUGAUAUUAAGUUUACUUUAUUGGUGCAUAAUACCGUUUUGGGUGCGGCCGGAAGUGGGAUUUUGAAUGCUGAAAUUGCUCUUGCUAAAGGAUUGAUAGAAGUUUAA